AUGCCAGCUUAUGGAAUUGAUGUGUCCAUGUCUACAACUACCACAAAAGGUCGCCAAUUACUACUGAAAUCUAGAGAAAUUGGUCUGUUCCUGUUGCCGAGUCCCAUCUCUGCCUACUUUGGUGUGAGUUCCGCACCAACAAGAUGCUGGGGCAGUACCAGUUAUCUAACUGGUCUUCGUGGAGUCGCUUGUCUGGCUGUUUUUGCAGAGCACUUCUUGAUGCGAUUCUAUCCUAAACUCCUCGACGAGUAUGGAGAGCAUCCAAAAUUCUACCAGUUACCUGGAAUCCGGCUUUUAUAUUCCGGCAGCGUGAUGGUAUCAAUAUUCUUCAUCAUCUCUGGAUUUUCUCUCUCGAUUGGCCCCCUGCGAGCCAUAUACGAUCGGGAUUGGGAGCGUCUUCACCAGCUGAUGUUUUCAGCUGCCCUCCGCCGCCCCAUUCGAUUGAUUCUCCCUCCAACAGCAGUUACAUUUAUCGUCAUGAUCGGCGUUCGAUUCAGCCUAUAUCAAUCUCACUAUGAUAGCCCCAUCGACAUGGACUGGAACGGCCCCAUCCGACAACCCAACUUUGCUCUCCAGUUCCUUGAUUGGGUGGAGUAUGUCCUGGGCCGGUUAAUUUACCCAGACGAGUGGCUGCGUCCACUCCCAAAUGUGAGCGCAUCGGAGUAUGCAGUCCCAUUGUAUACUAUCCCGCAGGAGUUGUGGUGCUCAUUCCUGCUGUUCAUUUUCAUCGUGUCUUCGAGCAAAGUCCGACCUGCAGUGCGCCUAAUCACGCUAUUUUUCUUGAUUAUGCUUUCUGCGUGGUGCAUGCGCAAGGAGAUCUCGUGCUUUCUCGUCGGUAUGGCCUUGGCCGAGUUCCACCUCCGUCGACACCUGCACCCGCCCCACAAAGAUCCCAGGUCUGCCUCUAAUCUCUGGAAAUGUCUAUCAGUGGGUCUCUGGUCCUUCGUCCUUCUUUUGGGUAUCUGGAUGUGCUCUAUUCCCCAUACCCGUGGUGCAUAUGGGUCCUCAAGCAUUGGAUAUCGAACGAUUUCACGAAUCAUUCCCUGGAAUUCCAACGUCUAUACCAUUGGAGCUGCACUCGUGGUACUAGCGAUCGAUCACCUUCCCAUCGUGCAGGCCAUGUUUCGCACCUCCCCCGCGGACUACCUGGGGAAAAUAUCCUUCUCCCUCUACAUGGUCCACUGGCCGAUACUUGCCGCAUGGGGGUGGAGCGUGGUUCCGUUCAUGUGCGCAGUGACUGGGGAUCACACGGCUCUGCGGUAUGGGGCCGGAUUUGCGCUCGCAGCUGUCUGUGUCACCCCCGUUGUGUGGUGGAUUGCAGAUCUUUGUUGGAGAUUGGUUGACGAGACUUCAAUCAUGUUCGCUAAGCGCUGGGAGAAUAUGAUCUCCAUAGAAUAG